UGCUUGAAUUGAGCUACCAAAUUGCAAAGAGAAGAAAAUUAAAUUUGCAAACAUGGAUUCUUUUGAAGAAUUGAAGAAUGAUAUGAAUAUAUGGAAAUUCUUUUCACAAUCUUCUACAAUCAUUUUCCUACAUGGGUUUUCUGCUUCUUCACACCUAAUAAUGUUAUUAGUUUUAUCCAUUUCUUGGGCUUACAAGAGACUUAAGAUUGCUACCCUUGAAAGUCCAAAACCAAUGUUGAAGAAUACAUACUAUUCAUUAGCCCUUAUAUCUUGCAUGGUUCUGUCUUUCUAUAAUCUUCUCUUAUGCAUGUUAAACUAUCUCUCUGGGUAUCGACAUGGUUGGUCUGAGCUAAAGUUUGUUGCCCAAUUGGAUUUUACACUCAAAACACUCACUUGGUUUGUAAUAUUUGGUUACUUACACGCCAAGUUUUCUCAUUCAAGGGAGCACAAGUUCCCCAUUCUACUAUGGAUUUGGUGCGCCUUCUACUUCCUAAUGUCUUGUUCCUAUCUUGCUAUACAUCUUGGUUUGUUUUGGAACCAUUUAUCCUUAUCAUUCCUAGUAUGGGUCUCUGAUGCUAUAUCCAUUAUUGUUGGUUUGUUACUUUGUUAUGCUGAGUUGUUUGACAAGGGGCAAGAAGGUGGUGAUUUCCAUAUUUUGGAGCCUCUUUUGAAAAUUAGGUCCAAGAGAAACAAUCAUGAUGAUGGGAAAGGAUCUGGUGUUGAUGGAGACAGUGCAACUCUUUAUUCAGAUGCCCAUCUUUGGAGUAUUUUUACUUUCGCUUGGAUGGGCCCUUUACUUGCACUCGGGCAUAAAAAAACAGUGGACAUUGAAGAUGUUCCUCAACUUGAUAAUCAUGAUAGUGCCAGGGUGGUCUUUGCUUGUUUUAGAAAUAAACUUGAAUUUGAUGGUAAUGAUAGUGGGAAUGAUGGUCAAGUAAGUACACUUAAGCUAACGAAGGCAUUGAUUCUCUCAACAUCGAAAGAAAUUCUAUGGACUGCUAUACUCUCCAUUGUAUGCAUAUUGGCUUCUUAUGUUGGACCAUACCUUAUUGAUGCCUUCAUUCAGUAUCUCAUUAGCCCUCACAAACAAAAAUAUAAAGGUUAUGUGCUUGUGUCUAUUUUCUUUCUUUCAAAGCUAAUAAGAUGUCUCUCGGAGAGGCACUUGUUCUUUCGAUUGCGAAAAAUGGCAAUUAGGGUUCGUGCUGCCUUAUUCCCAUUAAUCUAUCAGAAGGGUCUCAGGCUUUCAAGUCAAUCAAAGCAAGACCAUACUAGUGGGGAGAACAUUAAUUUGAUGAGUGUUGAUGUUGAGAGGACAGGUCUUUUCAGCUGGUAUGUGCACGAUAUAUGGAAGGUGCCUCUUCAGGUUGUUCUAGCAUUAUUGAUCUUGUAUAAGAGUCUGGGGCUUGCUUCACUUGUAGCUUUUGUAGCCACAAUAAUUUUGAUGUUAGCCAAUGUUCCACUAGGAAAACUACAGGAGAAGUUUCAAGGGGAAUUGAUGGAUUCAAAGGAUCGAAGAAUGAAAGUAACAUCUGAAGCUCUGAGGAAUAUCAGGAUUCUCAAGCUCCAAGGAUGGGAGAUGAAGUUCUUGGCUAAAAUAAUUGAGCUGAGGAACUUUGAAACAAGAUGGAUAAAAAAUUUACUUUAUACAUCAGCCAUGACUAGUUUUGUCUACUUGUCUGCUCCCAUGUUUGUAUCCAUGGUUACUUUUGGAUUUUGUGUGCUUAUGGGAAUUCCACUAGAGUCAGGGAAAAUUCUAUCUGCACUAGCAACAUUUGAGAUAUUGCAAGAGCCCAUUUAUAGUCUCCCAGACUUAAUCUCCAUGGUAGUUCAGACUAAAGUGUCCCUUGACAGGAUAGCCUCAUUCCUUUGUCUCGAUGAUCUUCAACCAAAUAUAGUACAAAAGCUUCCAAAAGAUAGUGUGGAGGUUGCAGUUGAGAUGGUCAAGGGGAAUUUCACUUGGGACCUUAAUUCCCCUAAUCUCACAUUGAAAGAUCUUAAUUUUCGAGUGUAUCGUGGUAUGAGAGUGGCAGUUUGUGGUUCUGUGGGGUCAGGAAAGUCAAGCCUACUUUCAUGCAUAUUGGGGGAAGUGCCAAAAAAAUCUGGAAGCAUUAAAUUAAAUGGGACGAAGGCCUAUGUUGCACAAUCACCUUGGAUACAAAGUGGUAAAAUAGUAGACAAUAUAUUGUUUGGUAAGAUGAUGGACAAGGAAAAGUAUGAGAUGAUCCUUGAAGCAUGUUCACUGAAGAAGGACCUAGAAUUGUGUAGCUUUGGGGACCAGACUAUCAUAGGGGAGAGGGGGAUCAAUCUGAGUGGUGGGCAGAAGCAAAGAAUCCAGAUGGCACGUGCUUUAUACCAUGAUGCGGAUAUUUAUCUACUUGAUGAUCCUUUUAGUGCUGCAGAUGCUCACACAGGAACUCAUCUAUUUAAGGAGUGUUUGCUAGGGAUUUUGGGUUCGAAAACAGUCAUUUUUGUUACCCACCAAGUAGAGUUUUUACCUUCUGCUGAUCUGAUCUUGGUUAUGAGAAAUGGAAGGAUUACUCAAAUAGGAAAGUACGAAGAAAUUCUUAGUUCAGGAACUGACUUGAUGGAGUUAGUAGGUGCACAUGAAAAAGCUAUGGCAGAUCUUAAUUUUGUCAAACAUGAGACUGUUUCAGAUAAUUUAAGUAAUGGUGAGAAAGAUGGCAAUAAGUUGUGCAGCAAAAAGUCUAUUCAAGAUGAUGAGGAAAGGGAACCCAAAAUCUACAAAAUAGAAAAGGAAGUUAGGUCAGAAGGGCAACUUGUCCAAGAAGAGAAAAGAGAAAAAGGUGGAAUUAGUCUUUCAGUCUACUGGAGGUAUUUUACCACUGCAUAUAAAGGGGCUUUUGUACCAAUGAUAUUGUUGGCACAAAUUCUUUUUCAGCUUCUCUUUAUAGUCAGUAGUUACUGGAUGGUGUUGGCUGCUCCUGUUUCAGAGGAUGUGAGACCUUAUGUUAAAGGAUCCACUCUCAUUUUUGUGUAUGCUGCUUUGUUCCUUGGAAGCUCUCUUUGUGUACUUACAAGGUCCAUGCUCACUAUAACUGCUGGAUACAAGAUAGCCACUCUUCUCUUCAACAAAAUGCACUUGUGCAUUUUUCGUGCUCCUUUGUCAUUUUUUGAUUCUACUCCAAGUGGAAGGAUUCUAAACCGGGUCUCCAUAGAUCAAAGUGCAGUUGAUACCUCUAUUCCACAUCACAUUGAAGAACUUCUUAUUUCAAUCAUUGGAUUCCUAGGAACUGCUAUUGUACUUUCACAGGUUGCAUGGAAAAUGUUAAUAGUUUUUAUUCCAAUGAUUGUGACAUGCAUCUACUACCAGCAAUAUUACACAUCUGCAGCACGAGAACUAUCACGAUUAGUUGGAGUAUGUCAAGCUCCAAUAAUACAACAUUUUGCUGAAUCUAGUUUAGGUUCAACUACAAUUAGGUGCUUCGAUCAAGAAGAGAGGUUUAUGGACACAAACCUCAAGUUAGUGGAUGGGUAUGCUCGACCUAUAUUUCACUUCUCUGGUGCAAUGGAGUGGUUAUGCUUUCGCAUGGAUAUGUUAGCAUCUAUUACAUAUGCUAUCUCUUUAAUGUUCUUGAUUUCAGUAUCGAAGGGAGUACUCAGUCCUGGUGUUGUUGGUUUAGCAGUCACUUAUGGGCUUAGUUUUAGUAUGCAAGGGGUCGUAUGGGAUCUUUGCAGCCUUGAGAAUAAAAUCAUAUCCAUUGAGAGAAUAUUGCAGUACACAUGCAUCCCUAGUGAACCCCCUCUGUAUGUAGAAGAAAAUAAGCCAAGUCGUGAAUGGCCAUCACAGGGGAAAAUUGAUAUUGUUGAUCUACAGGUCAGGUAUGCCCCACACCUUCCUCUUGUCUUGCGAGAUCUCACAUGCACUUUUCCCGGAGGAAUGAAGAUUGGCAUUAUUGGACGAACAGGAAGUGGUAAAUCAACUCUUGUACAAGCUCUCUUUCGCAUGCUUGAACCUGCAGUCGGCCAAAUUUGGGUAGAUGGUAUCAACAUCUCUAAGAUUGGUCUUCAUGAUUUGCGGUCAAGAUUGAGCAUCAUCCCACAAGACCCAACAAUGUUUGAGGGUACUCUAAGAAGCAAUCUUGACCCUCUUGAAGAGUACAAUGAUGAACAAAUCUGGGAGGCUUUAGAUAAAUGUCAGCUUGGUGAUGAAGUUAGAAAGAAGGAAGGCAAGCUUGAUUCUGCAGUGACUGAGAAUGGAGAGAAUUGGAGCAUGGGUCAAAGGCAGUUAGUCUGUUUAGGGCAGGUAUUAUUGAAGAAGAGCAAAGUGUUGGUACUCGAUGAAGCUACUGCAUCAAUGGAUACUGCGACUGACUAUCUAAUUCAGCAAACACUUAGGCAACACUUCUCAGGGUCUACUGUUAUCACAAUCGCACAUAGAAUAACCUCAAUUCUUGAUAUCGAUAGGGUCCUCCUCCUCGAUAAUGGCCUCGUAUUGGAAUAUGAUUCCCCAGCCAAAUUGUUAGAAAUCAAGUCGUCAUCAUUUUCAAAGCUUGUUAAGGAGUAUACUCGAAGAUGUAGUUCCUAAUUUUGAAAGGCUUAAUAAGUGAAUUUUGAAUGUUAAGAUAUAAGCAGGCAACAGCAGACUAAGGUGCAUUGCUAUUUUGAGUAUAAUAAAAAAUUUAU